CUGUGGGCUACUUGUUGCUGUUACGCACGCGACGCGCAGGGCAACCCAGCGCCGGAUUUUGCUAGCGCUCCGUGACGCCUACUACUACGCAAGGACACCGUGCAACUUAUAACUGCCGCGCGCACGCCGCUGCAACACAAUGAGGAGAUCAAGGCAACGCUGCGCGGCCCUCGUCGUGAUAACCUGCGCGAGCGCCUACCUCCAACCCAGAUCAACAAAAAGAACAACAGCACUGCACGCGAAAGAACCUUUACUGAGAAUAGGUCAUGGGUAUGACAUCCACCGCCUCGACACGCGAGAAGAGGCCGGCCAGCCCAUCGUCAUCGCGGGCGUGCGCUUUGAUGGGAGCGAAGGACACGCCCCAGAUUUCGAAUUAGGCUGCGUGGCACAUUCGGAUGGAGACGUCAUCUACCAUUCUGUCGUCGAUGCCAUCCUCGGAGCACUGACGAUGCCCGACAUCGGCUGCCUCUUUCCCGACAACGAUCCCCGAUUGAAGGGCGCCGAUUCGUCGAUCUUCAUGGAGGAGGCCUACAAGCGCAUGACCGAUAGAGGGUAUCGGCUGGGCAACUGCGACGUCACGCUAAUCUGCCAAAAACCAAGAGUGAACGUGGAUGCGGUGGGCGGCGGUUUAGUGAAGGAGAAGAUGGUCGGGAACGUGGCGGAGUUGCUGCACACUGAUGUUAGUAUGGUCAACGUGAAGGCUCGAACGCACGAGAAAGUCGACUCCGUCGGCGAAUGCCGGGCGAUCGAGUGCCACGUCGUGCUCACGCUGGAGCGAGAGGACUAAGUAGGUUACUCUAGUUUGUCAAACGGCGGCGUAGUGGUGGCGCACGCUGUCGCCGCCGCGCUCGCUCGCGAAAACCGAGUAUUGACUGGCUCCAGGCUCCAGGUUACUCGGGAGGGGUAGGGGGAGUAC